AUGUCGAAGCGACGGAAAAUUUUAACUGAGCUGGAAAUAGAGGAAAUUAUGCAAAAUAUUUCAGAUAAUGAUUCUGAAAUAGAUUCCGAUAGUAGUGAUAGUGACACUAUAAUAUAUUCUGAUCAUAAAGAAUCAAGCGAAUCGAAUGAUGAUGAGAACAUUUCUGACAUUUGUAUGCCCAGUACAUCAAAAUCGAGUAGUACUUCUGCAUGGUCAUCAACAGUACAAAAUUUAACGCUAUUACCUUUCAAAGCCGUGCCUGGACUAAAACUGGAUAAUUCGCUUGAAGAAGAGAUAGAUUUCUUUAGGCAUUAUUUUGAUGAUAAUAAUUACGAAAUGAAAAUAAUACAUAACGAAAUGUACAUAAUGAAAAUAAUUACGGAGCAGACUAAUCUGUAUCAGAGGAGUAUAUAUCCUGAGGGUGCAUCUGGUGCACGUUCUUCGAACUAUUUACCUGUCACAGAGGAAGAAAUGUUUGUUUUCUUCACUCUAACAAUUUUGAAGGGAUACAUAUACAAUUUUAUUAUUUAUACGGGGAAGGACACAAUGUUAAAGGAAAAUUUAGGAUUAUACGGGGAAAGAGUUGUCAAAUCUCUACUUGAAGAACUUGCUAGUCAAGGGUACCAUUUAUAUAUUGAUCGUUUUUUUAUGUCUCCCUCAUUAGCGGAUGAACUCUUCGGGCUACAAACAAAUACUUGUGGGACUGUAAUGGGGAGAAGGAAAGGAAUGCCAGAAAAUUUUCCGCCGCCCAAAAUGAAAAUCGGUGAGAUGUUGGUUUUGCAGAAAAAGAACAUGAACUUAACUGCUUUCAAAGACAGACGAGAAGUGCUAGUGAUAUCUACCAUGCAUGAUGCAAAAUUGCUUGAUACUGGUAAAAAAGAUCACGCAACAUCAAAUCCUAUAAUGAAGCCAGAGUGUAUCAUAGAAUACAACAAAAAUAUGGGAGGGGUAGACUUAAGCGAUGCCGUCAUAAUUCAGUAUCCAUCUUUCAGGAAAACUGUUAAAUGGUACAAGAAACUUUUCGUUAAUAUCAUGGAUAUGGCUGUAUUUAAUGCCAAUAUUCUUUUCAACAAAAAACAAUAA